AUGCCUGCUGCUACUGCUACUGCUUCUACUAUUCCUUCUCCCGCCUCUCUCAAGGGCCCUGUUGACGGUCAAGUUGACGUGGCCGCCCUAUUUGUCGCCACUUCUGCUUUGCGAGAUGCUGCUACAUUGGCGCUUCUGAGCAAUCAAGCAGUUUUCGCACAGGUGACUCAAACCUGGGUGUUCCUUCACCAGCAAGUGGCUUUCGUGGGUUGGAGAGCAUGGGGAAAACACUGGUUCGACAUCACAGUGCUUGGCAUACUAAUCUUCAAAUGCCCAGGGCGUCAUACACCUGGUGCUCCUGUGAGAGUUUUCAGUGCAGAUUCAGUGCGGAUGGACAGAGGCUUCAAGAAACUCAGACAGCUGUGCAGCAUCAACUUGCAGAUCAGCAACUUGAAGCAACUUGUGCUGCAGAACGACUCGUCUGAAGAUGGGCCACUUCAGGAUGGUUUAGGGGGUGGGAUAGACUAUGACUAUCACGAUGAUUUGGAUGAUGUAGUUGGGGAGCCGCAACCCGAGAACACAAACGCAGACAUGCCUGCCCAACCAUUUCCUGAGCUGGACAACAUCUUUGACGGGUGGGAUGAACGCCUACCUGACUUUGGUCCUUUAGAUGAAUUCAGCACAGACCCUGAUGAAGAAAUCUUCGAACGUCUUGGGCGGCUCAAUGUGGAGGAUUCUGAGGACUCAAGUGAUGAAGAACCUCCCAUCCCUGAGGGGGAAGACAUCAAUCUCAAUGAGCAAGAGGAUGGUGCACUAUUCAUAUCUCAAGGCACUCAUUUCAAUUUCUCUGAUGUUCGCGAAGCUGCCGACAUUCACGCAAACCCCCCACCCUGCAUGGAUGACCAUCCCGCAGUCCAUAAUGCUUAUAUUCAGGCCUUUAUUUCAGCAGCCUUCUAUAAUGCUGCCAACGCAGCUGUGUACCAUGACCUCGAAGGCAAGGAACACCUCCUCUGCACAGCUCAACAAGAAAACCCAGAGAUUGAAUAUCCGGGCCUAGAUGAAUAUGCUCACACCCUGCCUACCCUCCUCAAGCGCCUUGGUCUGUCCGCUGACCAGUUUAUCAUAUAUUUCUUCAUAUGUGAUGUAUGCUGGAAACUCCAUCAUCCUUCUGUACUUUCUGAACUCAAGUCUCCCAAUUGUACUGUCGACGACUGCGAGGGGGCAUUGUAUACGCAAAAACGACUGUCUGACGGCACCACCAAACGUACACCGACAAAAAUUGUACCCUACGUGCCUCCAGAGCAUGCAUUACAACAGUUUCUUCUACGUCCGGGCAAGUGGGAACAGCUCCAACAUUGGCGUGGUCCUGGGGACGAACCAAGCCAAGUCCCUCCAAUUCCUGGCCGCGGGUUUGAUUCGUUUCGUGACCCAUCUAAGCCCAUGAAAGACAUCUACGAUGGAUAUGGGUGGCGUGCAAUUCAAGCAGGCUUAGAACGUCGAAGGGGUGGGCGCUGGGAGAUUCAAGAUGUGGAUGUUCACGAACUUCAUCAGCGCUUCGUAUCCCUACCUUGUGGGUUGGUCUGGCAGAUCGACAUUGAUUGGUUUCAAGCCGUCAAAGAAGAAACCAUUCUUGUGAUGGUUAUUCCAGGACCCGACAAACCAUCAUUGGAGCAGAUGAAUCACCUCUUGGAGCCAUUUGUCGAGAGCUUACUUUGUCUCAAAAAGGGUGUAGAAUUCACGGUUCACGGUUAUGAAGAUCCGCAGUUGUCCCACUCCCAUCUAUAUUGCAACGUCUCCGACCUCCCAUCCAGUCGCAAAGUAACAGGCCUUCAAGGCCACAAUUCGAAGUUUUUCAUGUGUCCCACAUCAUUCAAUUAUCGAGAAGACUGGCGAUACCUCAAAUACUCAUUUUGUGCCCGUAACGCAGAACCUGCCAUAGCAGAUGCUAUUCACGAGAAUAGGGGUGUACGCUGCUGGAUGCCCGCUGGAAGCUCCGUCAUUGAGUUUAUGCACGCUGUCUUUCUUACUUGCGACCAGCAAGGCUCACCCAAAACAGACCAAUGGCGUAAUCAGGUAUUGAUUCUGUUUGUUGCGCUCUAUGAAGCAUGGGAAUACAAGAGCGAAAUUCCCGAUGAAGAUGCACUUCCUUCGCCUCCCAAUACCAAGAAUUCCGCUGCUCAAGCUACGAUGCAAAAGACCCUCCGGUCACGACUAAUGGAACAUCUUCUAGCUCGAAAUCCUGAUCCAUCAGAUGCCGAUAUUGCACGUGUCAACUCUGCAAAAAUGGAUCGAAAUCUUCGCCGUCAUUACAACACAAUCCUCGAGUUUUGUGCCGCAGUCCCAGAUGACAUUCACAGAGGAUGUGCAGCCUUGUCUCGUGCCACACAAAGCUGGGCUCAGAUGGGAUGUCACUUAACACUGUAUUUCCACUUCGCCAAUCACCUUGAAGAACAGAUGUACCGGUUUGGACCGUGUUAUGCGACAUGGGCAUUUGCAUUUGAACGACACAAUGGACGACUUGCCAGGAUCAACCACAAUCAACACAAAGGAGGAGAGCUCGAGGGAACAUUGAUGCGACGAUGGUGGAGCGUCACCUUCAAUUACGAUCUCAUUCUUCAUAUUGAAGCACUUCCUAAUAGGACAGACGACGACGAAGACUCUAUUUGUCUCCUUCAGAUGUGUCUUAAGGCACAGCAAAGAGAUCGCCUCAGUACUGUGAUAAACAACAACCUAAAUGCAGCGAUUUUUGCGAAACAUCCCAAGAAACUCAACCUAUCGAGCAUCAGCGACAAUGUUUAUCAAAUUGUAUACAAGUAUCUGCGCAACAAGUGGAGGCCACUCGUUCACCUUAAGACUAGUACCAGCAUAAUCGGCAAUGGUGAAAAUUUCAUGGGAAACGCAAGCUCAUAUUCUCAUUUGUGGCUGCGAAGACUGAGGUAUGGUGCUGUCACCGCUCAUCGAGGCAAGUCCGCACAGUAUGCAUACAUCAACGGACACCAGCCUGUUGAAAUACAGUGGCUUCUGCAUGUCUCCCAUGACCGGACCAAUGGAGAUGAACCGCUUGUUGCAAAUAUUGCCAUUGUGCGAUGCUUUGUCCCAGAUGAUCGAGCACCCGAUUUUCCAUGGGCGAUUUGGGCCACAGAUCUUGGUGUUGCAUCAUGGCGUGCAGAAGCACUUGGUGAAUUAGAAGUUGUCCCUAUAGAUUCUUUAUCCGGCCAUUUUGUUCUUGCUCCGAUCCAGGCAAUGCAACACGAAGUCAUCUUUGACUUCUGGAUUACCAUUGCAUAUGACCAUAGCAACCCAGAGGCUGACAUCGAGAUUGACAUUGACAACGAUUGA